ACUCUUCCAAGUCAGAGGGGUUAUUUUGUAAUUUUGUCCAUCAAUACAAUAAUAACAGCAGAUUAGUGGAGCAAAGAAAGCAUCAAAGAUGGAGGUUGGUGAUAUCAAGUUUAUGUGUAUCCCUGUGAUUGAUAUGCAGAAAUUGGAAGAUAACAAUGAUGGAGAGCAGCAGCAACAGCAGUAUAAGAAAUUGAGAGAAGCAUCAGAGGAAUGGGGUUGUUUCAGGAUCAUGAACCACAAAAUCUCGUUGACUCUGAUGUCAGAGAUGAAGAAAGUGGUGAGAGAACUGCUUGACCUUCCCAUAGAUGUCAAAAAACGCAACACUGAAGUGAUACCCAACAGCGGCUAUGUUGCUCCCACCGAGUUCAGUCGUUUUUUUGAGGGCUUGGGUAUCUACGAUUUUGGCUCUCCUCACUCUGUCGAUGUCUUUUGUUCUCAACUGGAUAUCCCUCCACGCCAAAGAGAGAUAAUACUGAUGUAUACUCAAGCUAUACAUGAUCUGGCCAUUGAUUUAGGGCGAAUGUUGGCCAGAAGUGUGGGUUUGGCGAGCGAAUUGUUCAAGGGAUGGUCUUGUCAUCUUAGAAUUAACAAAUACAACUUCACCCCUCAAACUGUAGGAUCCACUGCUCUACGAAUGCACACAGAUUCUGGAUUCCUAACCAUACUUCAAGAUGAUGAAAAUGUUAGCGGUCUUGAACUCGUGGACAAGUCUGGUGCCUUUGUAUCCAUUGAUCCCUGGCCAGGUACCCUCCUUGUCAAUCUUGGGGACAUUGCUAAGGUAUGGAGCAAUGGAAGGUUUUGUAAUGUGAAGCAUCGAGUACAGUGCAAGGAAGCAAGUAUACGAGUGUCAAUUGCUUCAUUUUUCUUGGGACCCAAGGAAGCAGCAGUUGAAGCCCCACCAGAACUUGUGGAUUCUGAAAACCCACGCCAGUUUGUCCCUUUUACCUAUGAAGAUUAUAGAAAACUCAGACUUUCCAUCAAUUUGCAUGCUGGUGAAGCCCUCCAAUUUGUAAGCUCCCAUUCAUGAUCUACUGGCAUGCCGUGUAUAUCCACAGCCUGUAUACGUAUCCUCCUCACCCAAUUGAAAUGAUCUAUAAGUCUAGAUAUAAAACAAAUUUCACAAUUUUUUUUUUUCAUAAUUGUUAAUUGUGA